GCGAUCAGCUGCCAGUGAGUGCAGAAGAAGUGCAGAUUUGCAGUCAUAAAAAUUCUCUUUUGACACGUGAAUUUGUCCCUGGAUGUUUGUGUGUCUGCAGAGAGAGUAAGCAGAGGGUUGUUAACAGGAAGUGGAGGGAGCUGCUGCUGUCUGGAAAUACUCAGAGGAGGCUAGAGGAAGUUUUUCUCUCAACGAGUGAGCAAUGGGCAGUGAGUACCAACCACUGUCUUCUGCAGAGUCGUGCAGAAGUUUGUUUAUAGAGACAUCAGAGUGCUUCAUAUGCAGGGAUGGAGAACUUAAACCCAGCAACCUACUGAGGAAUUUCUGUGACUGCAAGAAUUUAUUGGCCCAUCACAUGUGUCUGUCUGCAUGGAUCCAGAGGGGAUGUGGGAGUGAGGACAGGCUGCGAUGCAUCAUCUGCAAGGCCAAGUACCAGCUGCAGAGGAGUUCUCCGUGGCAGUUGUUGUGUUUCCAGUGGCAGACGUGGCUUGUAUUGAUCACCGCUGUGGUUCUGCUGGGGCUGGUUCCUUAUGUUGUUCACUGCAUGAUGACGGCCUUCACCAACCCUCCUCCACCCAUCACCUUUAAAGUGGCCGCAGUUUCUUUUGGUGUACUGACGGAGCUUCUGCUCAUCAAGUGUGUGUCGAGUUACCUUAGUGGUCGAUACAGGCAGGCUGAGCAGCACGCCUUCACAGUUCAACCCAGAGGCAAUCUGGACCGCUUGGAUCCGUCUGAAGAGGCUUCAGCUGCAGAGGGUCAGGCUCCAUCACCAGCCUCACCCAGUCGGGGAGAGGAGAAGAAAGUGGAUGCGUUAAAGAGUGGGCAUCUCUGCUUUCUCUGAACCAGAGGGAGUUUACAAAAUUUAGAGUGAUAAUAAAUCUUUUCAGUUUGAGAUGUGUCAUACGGUCAUUUGAGGGAUAUCAGUAUAUCUAUGUGAUUUUUGUGAAAUCUUAGACUUUGAAACCUAUUUUUCGUUGUGUCACACAGCCUUGUUUUUCCACAGCAUAAAGCCUGACACUCUCGUUUUAUUCCAGGAGUACAUAAGCACAAAUUACAAAUUGAUGAUAAAAAAGAGAGUGCAUGCAUGUGUGUGUUCAGUCUCAGAGAGGGAAAAAAAAUCAUUCUCCUUCUUUAAUGAUGCCCACACAGAGACAAUGGGGCGCCGCUCUGAUUAGUGUCACCUGUCCUUAUGCAUCUCAUCAGCUCCAUUAUGGCUCCAUCUCCCAUGCUUCUUCUGCUAAUUGAAUAGCCCGUGAAGUGGUGACGAGGACGGGGGCGAGAACAACGUCUGUCCCACUGCUGCUUCAGAAAUGAGAGGAAAGCUUUCAAGAGAGACAUGAGCUGUGGAAACACAAACCAUUAUAAGACAGAUAGAAACGUGCUAACAAGUAGCACUCAUGUUAUAUUACCAUCAUAUCCAGAACAGAUCCUUUUUAUGGAUAACGGCUGCGAAUUAGCAGCUGAUUUAUAUAUUUGGUGAGGGCGCAGCAUCUCUUCCCAGAAUCAUAUUUUUCAUAUAAUUCUUGGUUAGCUUAGCUUAUAAAGGAAAAACAGAGUCAGUGAAGCUUUUCUUUUUAAACUGUAAUUGUGAGAUUGCAACAAAUUGCUUUUACAUGAGCUGUCUUUGAUUUAAGUGCUAGGCAUUCCUUAAAUAUUCAAUUAUUUUUUUAAGGUCCAGAAACUGAAAAAAUAAUUAAAGCUGGAGCUUAGUAACUCCUUUUUUGUCUGUGGCUCUUAGACCUCAAAUUGCUGCUAUUCAGGACUUAAUGCUGCUUUUAUCUACCAGAAAGGCAUUGAUUUUCAAACUUCAGAACCAGGGGGCCUAAAAAUUAAAACAGGAGAGGAAAAAAGGGAAAACAGUCGAAUUUCCUAGAGAGUUUGUCAACCAUGAUUCAAAAGUGCAUCUACCAAGUAAAAGUUCAAUCUUUAGAAAGGUUAUUUUUUAUCUAAUGAAACAAUAUAGAAAGUGUUUAUGUAGUAUUUUUAGCUUUUUUCACUUCACAUGCUGUUGCAAAGUAACAAAAAGUUAUGGCACCUCUGCAGAAAAGUGCUGCUUCAACUUUUAAAGAAAAUACAAAGUUAGAUGCUCCAUAGUCUCAGCAAGCAUGAAGACAUUAUUUUUUCAAACACUUUCUUGGUGUUUGGAACUUGUAAUUAUUUAUAGUAGAAAGAAGUGCUGAAUUCAGGACUAAACUGAGAUUAUACUUGCUUUUAAUCAUUUGUGUGCAUGUUUAUCUUGGCUGCCUUUUGCACUUUGUGUUUGAAGCAUUGUUUGUGCACAUCUUCAUAAAUUCACAAUCUGCAAUCUGUGAAUGACCAGUAGGGGGCAGUGUAAUGAACAAUUUGUUCAGUUGUAAGGUCACAGGACGACCGCAGUAAAAAUGACGGAGAGUUUAAAAGACAAGUUUGUUGAUCAAGUAUAAACUUACCAACAUCUAGAAGUCCCAGGAAUUUUGAUAUCUCCCUAAAGUCCCAGAGAAGGGUCGAAAGACCUUUAGUCCAAACUGACGACUCUGCUGGCAAAAAUUAGCAUCUCUUCAUUUGUAAA